AUGUGGUCUGAAACCUGGGGGCUUUCUGGCCAAACCGAAGACCUUACAGACGCCAGUAUUCUCCGGUUCAUUGAACAUGGACCAGGCCCCGAGAGCAAACAGCCGAGCGCUUCAUACGCCGCCCGGAUCUCACAAAUCCAGACUUUUUUGCAAAACUCCAAUGACGUGCAAUCUGCCCGGAAUCUUCUGCGCCUUUCGGCCUCGCCUGUAGUCCCGAAACUCCUGGGGUUGGUGCUGUCCAUUGUACAUUCCCACGAGAGCGCCGAGCAGCAGCUUUGCGACUAUCUUUGCCGUUGCUUUUUGUCCGAAUUGGCCCAGUCAAAACACACCAAGUUCCGACUGGAGCGUAUUGUUGACGAGGCCGAUACUGACAACUUGGUUCUGGCGAUAGAUGGAAUGGCACAUGCCUCCGCACCCCUCCCCAACAUUUUCCCACAAUCCCAAAACGGGCCUGGCCAGUCGAACUACUCUCUGAUACUGGCGGCUACAGCCGUUGAUUUCGAAAGCUCCGAUCCAUUUCUCUCCAGAAUAUACCAGGUUUUCCUUCUGCUUGCGUCCCACAAAUCGCCCCCGGAAUCGUACGAAGAUGUCUUGCCAUACGUGAGCGUCAUGAUUUCGUUCUACAAGCAUAAAACGGGCGUAGAGACUUUUGACUCUAAGCGAGCCAUCGACGUGAACAAACGCGUACUAGAUUAUCUCUGUGGGUCUGACGCUGUCCCUGGAAUUGUGCCUCCGAGGCUUCGUGACUAUGCCUUGGACACUCUUUUACGAGUUUACGACAAAAAUCUCUCCGGAACGCAGACCAGCAGUCAUCAACAUGAAGAAACGCUGCUCCCUGUGUCCCAAAGAUUCACCAAAGCGGAGAUGCGGGCGCUCGUAUCCGACUUUGAAACCGUGAUCUCCACUUUAAAGGAAUUCGACUCGCAGCUUGACGCUUCGUUGCUCAUGGCAUUCCGCAACUAUGUAUUUUUUGCCUAUGAGGUGUUCCCAGAAUUGCCCGUUUGGGAGGACUAUCUGUUCAUCGAUAGUGUCGCGGAUGCAAUAACUGCGGUGGUGGAAUACGUUGCUGUAGACGACUAUCCCGAAGAUCCUGCCAUUGGCGAGAUUAUCAUGAAAUUCCGUGGAAUACAAAAUACGCUUUUGGACCUUCUGAUACUGCUGACCCUCUUGAUGAGACUCACCAUUUCAGAAACUGCCAACUCACGAUCAUUCGCUCGCACCUGUCUCCGUAAAUGGAAUAGAGAAACUCUAAUUGCAAGUCAGCUAGACAUAAUCUACGAGGAAGAAUGUUUGCCAAGGCUCAAGGAAAAACAUUUGCGCUCUGCGUUUCUGACAUGGCGUCGAAGAAGCGUGACUUUCCACCGAUUACAGUCAGAGUCAGAAAGCUAUUUCGAGAAGAAACAUCUAUCUCACUACUUGAAUCAAAAAUGGAUCAAAUCUAUGUUGCAUAUCAUAGAGAUGAAUGGUGAGAUGGAGAGACUUAGACUGGCCAAGUUUCUAAAACUCUGGAACACUAGAUUGAAAAUCAAGCACGAGAUGGAAUUGGCGCUGGAAUCUCACUUUGAUUCCAUUUGCAUCUCUAGAUCGUUGGGCACACGGCGCAUCAAAUUUGACCAAGUCAAAAGCCUCAAAGAAUCUGCAGCUAGCAUAGGAGGCUCGAUCACUUCUGGCUUGGAUUUGCUUCUCAGAUCGAAGGUUUGGGAGCACUGGAAGCUGAAACUCGACGUUCUACCGGUAAAUGGCGGCUUCGAGAAUAUCACUGUGUCUGAAAAAUUGGUUUUACUCAAUCAGCAGUCUCGAAGAUUUCUUCUCACAAAAUAUAUCGGUGUUUUGAGAAGUCGAUCCUCUAACCAUAACGCACUGAGGACGUUCCAGGAAAUCAGGAACAAGCAUCUUAAAAAGCAUUUCUUGGGCAUCUGGAAAAUGAAGAAAUAUUUAUCAAACAUGCAAUCUGUCGUGGCCCAGGACCGCAUACUCUCAUUGAAGCAAUCAGCGUUUGAUUGCUGGUUUGACCAAACCCGCACCAAGCUUUUGGCAGACAAGACAUUGAGGUGCACCCUUUUGAAAAAAUACUGGAAAUCCUGGAAGACCAAAGAAGCCGCAUGCGAGUUCCAUCUGCUGCGCAGUCUCAUUAUUAGAGGGGAAUAUCUCAAAGAAUGGAUUCUCAAAUACAAGAGUGCUUCAAUCAUAAGAAAGACAGAUCGGAAGACAGUGACAACAGUGCUAAAUUCGUGGACAAAGAAGUUUUCUAAAAUCAUGGAUAAUGAAGACAAUGCUGAAUUGUUGAGUGAGAGGUUUGCAACAAGUGGUGCCAUGACUUUCUGGAAGUCGCGAAUGGCGACGAAUUUCGAAAUGAAAGUGGUUGCUGACCUUAACUUUCAAAGAAAGUUUCUCAACAAGAUAUGGGGUUCACAUUCCCGAGUUUGUGAUCAAAAUUCAACAGCAACCGAAAUCUUGAAACAAGGGCUCAGCUUUAAUGACAGAACUCAAAUCAAAGUUGCCUUGAAAAAAUGGCAAGAAGUCUAUCUUUUAAGGUACGAAGAAGAAGCCCGCCAAGCAUUAACACAUUUCCAACGGAAGGUGAAAUAUUUGGGAGCACUCUCAGUUUUCUUCAAACAUUGGAGAGACAAACACAGGAAAUUGAGGAAGCAUAAAGACUUGCUAGAGAAAAACCUUCUCUUCUUCAACAACACGAACAUAUUGAAGAGCGAGUUUUUGAUGCACUGGAUUGAUAUGAGUAGGGCAAAUACCAGCGCCAUGGAUAAAAGUGUUGAUUUUUACAGGAGCCUUUUGCGCAAGAAGUUCUUGUUGGUUUGGUAUGAGAAAUUUGUGACGAAAGCAAGGUAUCUUUCGGAUAUUGCAGACGAUUUCAUCAACAGGCGGGAAUACACGCAGAUGGUGGAAAUUCUCAGGAAAUGGAACCUCACAUUCACGAAGAACUUCAGGCGAAAUCAACAGACUUGCGACAUGUUUGUUGAGAAGUGGGAACGGAACAAUCUCAAAUCGCUCUUUGAAUUAUGGGUGUACAAAGCUCGCAAAAAGGGCUCAAGAAUGCUGGCUGUGGAUCAAUACGCUGAAGCAGACACGACAUUUGGCAGCCAUACCUCGCCUCUUUCUAAGAAGUUUAUUGGCUCUGGAGCAUCGCUUGAAUACCUAGAUGGCGCAAGCUAUUUGUACACCCCGGUCAAGAAGCAAGUGCCACGGCUCCCAUUCACGCCUGCCAAAUCCAAUACUCGCCCUACGCGUCUUCAAGAGACCAAUCAAAAAAUGAAGUCGACAAAAAUGGAUGCUUUGACCAACCGAUACAAACUAGCAAAAGAAGAUAGUGGCUAUGGCAAAAACAAACUUCAUCGUUCGGAAUCCACAAAGCUCCCACCCCCCACUUUGGAGAGCAGUCCCACCAGGCUACCUAUGAGGCCUCCGCCAGCUCCUCGAUUCGAAACAUACACCAACGGUCGAAUGGGUCCCGAAGCUACUUCAUCACCCGAGCAGAGCUUGCUGGGCCAGGAGCGUUCAAGCGCAGAAUCCGAGACCCGCAUGCUUGAGACGGCAAAACGACUUCAACGAAUAAAGCCCGUGGUGAUCCCGCAAAGUGGCAACAGCACAGAGAUCAGGUAUUCGCCAAUAAGAAAAUUGCGGGAAAGGCUCCAAUCGCGGACUGAGUCGUUGCAGAGCCCCACAAAUAUCUUUGAUCCUUGA